UCUAGAGAGCAAUUUUCCAAUGAAUAAUAUUAUCCACUCUUAUUCAAGCUUCCUUCUUGUUGUAACAAUUGGAUCAAUUCUUUGCAUUCUAUUAUUUUCUCCAAUAUCAUCACCUAACAUAAUUGAGCUACCUCAUCCUUCUCCUCUUCCUCCAAAUAAUCGAUUGCAUAGAUUGACGAAAGUUGGCGGAGAGUUGAGACAACCUGAAGAUGUAUGUGUGGACAAAGAAGGGACAAUUUAUGCUGCAACAAGAGAUGGUUGGAUUAAGAAAUUUAAUAAAGAAGAUGAUUCAUGGGAGAAUUGGAAGAAAUUUGAGACUAAUGGUUUACUUGGAAUAACUGCCACAAGAGAUGGAAGCAUUAUUGCAUGUGAUGUUCAUAAGGGUUUGGUUAAGUUUGAUGAAGACGGUGUGAGUGUUCUAACAUCGCAAGUUAAUGGAACCAAAAUAAAGUUUGCGGACGAUGUGAUCGAGGCAUCGGAUGGUAGCUUAUACUUUAGUGUGGCAAGUACCAAAUAUAGCCUCCAUAAUUGGCACUUGGAUAUGCUUGAAGCUAAACCACACGGGCAACUACUAAAGUAUGAUCCUUCAAUAGACGAGACCUCUAUAGUGAUAGAUGGCCUUGGAUUUGCAAAUGGUGUCGCGUUGUCUGCAAACGAAGACUUUCUCGUCGUUUGCGAAACUUGGAAAUUUAGGUGUCUCAAAUAUUGGUUGAAAGGCAAUGAGAUAGGGAAAAUAGAGGUGUUUGUGGAUAACCUUCCUGGUGGACCUGAUAAUAUCAAUCUUGCCCCUGAUGGUUCAUUUUGGAUUGCUAUUUUAGAGUUGAUAUCUCCUAGAUAUGAAUUUGUGCACACUUCUAAGACAGCCAAACAUAUCCUAGCCAUAUUUCCUUCGUUAUUUGCGAGAGUUACAGGGUUACAUAAAAAGGCUAUGGUGAUUCAUGUCACAGAGGAUGGGAAGAUAAUCGACAGAUUUGAUGAUCCCGAUGGAACGAGUAUCUCCUUUCUCACUUCAGCUGUUGAAUUUGAUAAUCAUCUUUACUUGGGAAGUUUGAAUUCUAAUUUUGUCGGAAAAUUAUCCCUAAAUAUCAUCCAAGAAGCAUAACAUGUAAUGGUUAUUAUACUUGUUUUUUACAUUGAACAAUAAAGUUUUGGAUCGUGCAUGACCAAAGUUCUAUUUGAGUCAAGUACGACCCAUGUAUAAUGCUAUUUGGGUGAGGUUGCCAU